ACUAAUUCAGACUACAUCAGACCACGGUUACACACACCUAGGAGUCUAGGACAUAAGCUCGAAGAAAUUCAAGAUGAGGGGGGUUCUUCUCCUAAGAGUAGCUCAAAAAGCUGUAUCUUCUUCUGGUAUUCAAAGUAACUUUCAGUCUUCGUCAAAGCGCUGCUGGUGUCUCUUCUCAAAUCAACUCCACUCUCACGCACCUUCAUCCUUCGGCAUUGCAUUUGACAUCGAUGGCGUCCUCCUCCGAGGAAGCAUUCCGAUUAGCGGUUCUUCUCAUGCUCUCAGACGCCUCUACGACAAUUUUGGGACUAUUAGAGUUCCUUUUGUUUUCCUGACAAAUGGAGGUGGCGUUCCUGAAUAUGAAAGAGCAAGGGAGCUGACCAGUUUGCUGAGAAUCAACAUCCUCCCUUCACAGGUUCUACAAGGCCAUACCCCGUUUAAACAUUUGGUGAAAAGAUUUGAGAAUGAAUUCAUUGUGGCUGUUGGGAAAGGUGAACCUGCUAAAGUAAUGUCUGAAUAUGGUUUCAGAAAUGUCCUCUCAAUGGAUGAGUAUGCAUCAUUUUUUGAGAAUAUUGACCCAUUGGCACAAUACAAGGAGUUCGCUGACAAGCAGAUUGUGAGUCAUCAGAAAGUCACUUUGAGACAAGACCCUUGCUCAGAGAGGGUCCAAGCUGUCUUCAUUGUUAGUGAUUCAAUUGAUUGGUGCAGAGAUAUUCAGGUUCUUUGUGAUAUCUUAAGGACGGGAGGCCUACCAGGAAGAGAGGUUGCGCACCAGCCACCUAUUUUUUUUGCAAACGAUGACCUUGCUUAUCAGGCACUGUUUCCCUCCGAACGUCUUGGAAUGGGUGCUUUCAGAGUUGCUCUAGAAUCUAUAUAUAAUAGCAUUCACCAAAAGCCUCUGGAAUAUACAUCUUAUGGGAAACCAAACCCUUUUGUAUUCAAAAAUGCUGAAGCAACAUUGAUGCAACUUCAGUUGCCUCAUCAGGCUGCUACUGGUGGAAUGCAUUCUUUUAAAACCUUGUAUAUGGUUGGGGAUAAUCCAUCUGUAGAUAUCAAUGGAGCUCGGCAGGCCGGCCCCCCUUGGUUCUCUAUCUUGACAAGGACAGGCGUUUUCAAGGGACGUGUAAACGAGAGUGAUUUUUCAGCAGAUCUGGUUGUUGACACCGUGGAAGAUGCAGUGGAGUAUAUUUUGAGUAGGGAACGUUACUCUUCAUGAGAAAAAUUGGAGCAAGCUUUAUUUAGUUAGAGGAACAAAUACUUGUGAGAGAGCUAGCAAAUUUGUUUCUGACGACUUGAAUUAAGACUUCAGAGAAUUGGGUAUGGCAUAUUGGCAUGGAGUGAGGACUGCUUUCUCUGUUUGAUAACUACAAAUAAGUACGGUGAAUUAUUCCUUCCUCUUUUGAUGGAUUAGUCUCUUGGACCCUUUCCUUCAUAGCUCUCGGUCAAGCCUAUGAUUUCAACAUAAUUCCAAUUCCAUAUCACCUUAUUUGUCUCGUCUUUUAUCCGCAAUACUUCGUAUAGUUUUGGUUUCCCAAAUCCUAAAUCUUUGAUCUCCCAUUCUUAUUUUCUCGCACAAUACUUCAACACAUGUUGGCUUUUAUAUAUUCACAUACUAUACCACCACGAGUCACGACUUGUGAAUUGUGAUUACAUUUUAUUUAUUAAUGUAUCUCUAAAUUAUGUUUUGAAAAAUAAUCUAUAGUUUGUCUCA